AUGGAAAGCCUAUCAGCCUAUGCGGGUCUUCUGGCCGCCGGUGCCCCGUAUGCUCUCCAGUUGGCCGCAUCGACAAAAUGGUGGCCUAUCCUUUUCCCUCUAUUCGCUCUUCCCGCUCUAUCGUUGUGUCUCUCGGUGGCAACUCUUUCACGAAAAGGCCCGCUGAACACUUAUGCCAGUUUGACACCGAUUGCGGCUGGCAUUGGUUGGGCAUUGGCCUUUCAUGUGGGCGAGCGACUGCUGGCCGAGAUGUUACGCGCGGCACAAACGCUUCUCUACAUCGUUUUCUCAGUGAGAACCAGCUUGGAUUGGGCAAUUGAUUGCGGUCACUCGUACAACAGCCGUGAGUGUUCCCCAUUCGCCGACGAGAAUGUCACCGAGGUGCACGACUAUAGUCACUGGCCUGACAACUUUUGGCCCGCACAGGAGUUCAAUCGUUAUUUAAUCCGGGACAACAUUCUCGACAACAAAAACCUCUCAAAACUUUGGGAACCGAAUGAGUGGUACAUUGGUCGUAGCUACGAGCUUUUCUACUUCUCGAUCCCAUCGAUUCCGCUCAUUUUCUCACAUAUCGUCAUUUGGACGAUAAUCUAUUGUCUACUCGUCAAAUUCCCUCAAUGGAUCGAUUUCUUCAUCACUCGUUUCUGUCUCUUUUUGCCCAGUGUGCUCUACGUUUUUGUGAUUUUUGGCUUAGCGAUAAGCGGUUUUUCCUUUGGUAACACUGAAGCCGAGGUAUCGCAGGAUGAAAUCGAGAAAGUUCCACAAUCGUUUUGGACUGAUCUUAAGGGUUUCUAUCGUAGCUCGAUUUUACUUGUCGACUACUCGACGGCUUUCACUGGGAUUUCUCUAUUGGUUGUGAGUCGGUUGAAUCAUGGAGCUCCACCAGUGUUAGCCUGGGUAGCGGUACCUCUCAUGAUGGUGAUCCCCAUUUUUCUCUCAGUGCUGACAACAGGCUGCGAAGGACACAUAACCAAAUUGCAACCGCACUACAAAACUUAUGGAUCUAUUGAUGAGACCUAUUCAUUUGACGUGAUUCCGGUGUGUUUGGCGACGACUCGCGCCGGCCCUUUGUGGUCAUUUAUGUUCUACGUAGCGCACUUUUUCUACUCAUGCAUGGGCCCUUUGAUCAUCUACACACUUUACAUCUACUCUGUUUUCUCGGAGCAAUUCAUCGUUUUUCACACUCAUUCACAAUCGUUUUACUCGGGUUUUUUGUGCUUUGUGACAGCAGCGGGAAUGAUUUUGUAUAUGCCGUUGGGCACGAAAAUAGCAGCAUUUCUCCGUUAUGCUAGUCAAUCAUCGAUCGUUCAUCUACUCAUUUACGUGCUUGUCUUUUUUGUUUAUGGUUGGCAAACACUCGAAACCGACAUUUCAAUGGUUUCGGUUGAGUCAACUGGUGGACCUUUAUGGAGGCAUUUCCUUGGUCCAAGCAGUCCUUUUUAUACAGCACUUCAAUUCACUGUUGUCCCAAUGAUGCUUUGUACAAAAGGUGUCGCCGUCUACGAUUUGUUAUUGGGCGGGAAUGAUGUGUUGAAACAUAUUGACCAAGGAACACAAUUCAUUGAAGCUCCUCUAUUCAUUCGUCGACUUUGCGGCUAUGGGAUUAUGCUAGCUCCGACGCUUAUUGUGUUGGCUUUUGCGACUCACGCGAUCAUAAACGCGAAAAUCCGUUCGCUUUCCAUUGGAUCGGCGCUAAAACCGUCGGCGGAUUGGUUGAGUCAUCAAGUGAUGCAACAUCGCCCUAAGCCUUUCUCCCUCUCGUACGUGAUCGUCAAUCGGUUGAACGGUCCGAAUUAUCGCACGAUUCUGCUAGGCGUUUUCAUUUUGGAGAUUUUCUUCUUCAUCAUUCUCUCUGUGUUGCUCAUUGGUCAAAUGUUUCAGGCGUGGUUGGGGAAUCCGUUGGGUGCCGCUAAUUUUCGCUCUAUAGUGCUAUUACUACUAUUGGCCGUGCACGCGAUUGCAUUGGUCGAGAUGCGCGGCGCCUACAAUUUUUGGGAUGAUCCGGCAAGAUUAACAAUUUACAUCAGUGUCGCCACUCUGCAAAUGGCUUUUUUGAAUGGAUACAUGUGGAUGUUUGCGUUUAAUCACGCAUGGGGCGUCGAUAUCGGACAAGUUGGCGGACCGCUGUUUCUCAUUGUUGCGAAUACGUGUAUGCGAGCUAUCUGCAUUUGUGCCGCCAUCGCCGUCCGCGCACACAUCCGGGAAGCGGCGCGCCCGUCGAGGACAAGAGACGCCGCUGAGAUCUACGCAGCCGACGGUCCACCCGAAGUCGAGAUGGACGCCGAGGACGAUGCGCCGAUCAUUUUUGAUUUGGCGAGUAGU